GCAUAAAUGAGCAGAUGUUUCUAUUAAAGUGGCCAGUGAGUGUUUAUGUGUGCAUAAGAGACUGACCACUUUGUAGCAUAGCUGUAAUAGCUCUCUUUCUUCCUCUUUUCCUCCUUCCCAAACCACAUUCCAUUCAUGCUUCUAGGAAGUACUUGAUUGCACUGAAAGCCACAGCUUCAGGACAUCCUGGAGCUAAUAUACAGCUCUGAAUUGCAGAGUGAAGGCAUGUGCUGUAGCAGGGAACGUGUUUAAAUCAAUGGAGGUGAGGAUUAUGCAAUAGCAAUCUCGGUAUUACUUCCUUCUGAAGCUCGGGCAAGGCGUGGACCAGUCAAUGAGCUCGGGGUGUUUUCGAAACACGAACGAACAAACGUUUACCGUCAACUUCUGCCGGGUUGCUAACUUUACUGGGCAACUAAACUGACUGAUAUUACACUUUAAACGGGAUAUUACUGAAACUGGCAUGUGAAAGACAGCGAAUGGUGUCCUUCCAAACAAAGCUAGGAUUUGUCUCAGGGGCUGUUGUACACUACAGUAGGUGCUCUUCAGAUCCUGGUGAUGAUCAAGAGGUUUUGAGGAACAGUGAACGUUGUUUUCCUUAGGCUGCACAAAGGACAGCAGACACAGAGAUGCUAUUCUGGGCUUGGGCAUUCUUAGCAUGUGUCUGGUUCCAGAUUCAUGUGACCUUGAAUGCUGAAACCUGUCCUGAAGACCUACAAAAGGCUGUUGAUUUUACUGUUCCAUAUCCCUCACGUUAUUUCCAAACUUUGAAACCCAUCCAGAACAUAGUGGUGUACCAAGAAUUGUCUGAGAUAUAUAUAGCCUCACAGAACGUGAUCGAGGCCCUGAACAACAAUCUUGAGAAGAUAUGGGAGUUACGCACUGGUCCUAUUGGUCAUCCAGAUUGUCAGACCUGCCAGUGUGGUAUUGAGGAUGAUCCAAAUGCAUCAGUGGACACAGACAAUCAAGUUCUACUUUUGGACCCUAAACCUUUUUUGCCGUUCCUGUACAUAUGUGGGAGCAAUCAGUAUGGGAGCUGUACUUUUGUAGAACUUGAAGAAAAUGAAAAACCAAAUGAAGUCAAAUGUCUUUUCAAUAAAGACAGUAACUCACCCACAAAUUGUCAUGAUUGCAUUGUUAGUCCCCUAGGCACAAAGGUCAGCAUUGUAGAAGAAGGCCAGACAUCUUACUUCUUUGUGGCUGCCACCAUCAACAGCACAAUUGCAAGAGAUCAUGGCAGACGUUCUAUCUCAAUGCGACGUCUGCUUGCCACAGAAGAUGGAUUUGAUGAUGGCGUCAAGGGCCUGACAGUACUGCCUGAGUUCCAGGAUCCCUACCCUAUUAAAUAUAUUUAUACCUUCUCCACACAGUACUAUACUUACUUUUUGUCUGUCCAGAGAGAGAACCCCUCAGACAAAACUUCUAAUCUUCAGACUCAUCUCGGGCGGCUGCCAAAUAGGGAUAGCGAGGCCUGGAUGUAUCGCGAGGUCAUCUUAGAGUGCCACUUCAGGCCCAAACGGAAGAGGAGGAGCUCUGAGAACGUUGUGUACAAUGUAGCCCAAGCAGCCCAUUUCAGCAUAGCAGAGAGGGACCUGGCAAAUGAACUAGGCAUUAAGAAUGAGAAAGAGAAUAAUGUCUUGUACAUAGUAUUUGCUAUUACCAAUAAAGCGGGAAAUCCUACUGGAAGGUCUGCCCUUUGCGCAUUUCCCAUAGUGAAUGUAAACCUAUUCAUCGAGCAAGGUUUGGAUGCGUGCUGCAGCAAUAGAUCUGGACGACUUUCCCGGGGCUUGUCUCACUUCCAGCCGAGCAAUAGCUGUCCUCAUGAGGGAGUGAACAGACGGGAAUGUGAAGCUCUGCCCACCAUGGUGGCUACUCCUCACUCUAGAACAGACUUCUUCAGUGGGCAGAUAACAGACGUAUUCACCUCCAUUUUGGUUACCACUGUUGGUGGUGACACUAUAGCACAUAUUGGUACUGAACGUGGAAGACUGCUACAGGUCAUUCUGACAAAGUCAAGCCCUAUUGUGUUUGCCAACUACUCUCUUGUUGAAGAGGAAGAGAGAGUGUCCAGCAUUGCUGCAGUGCAGUCUGACGAGUCUUUGCUCUUCGUGGUUGGAAACAAGAUGGUGACUGUGUCUCCUAAAGGACCAGGAUGCAAACAUCUCUUAACUUGUUCGGAGUGUAUGCAGGCCCCUCGCUUUAUGGACUGUGGAUGGUGUGGCGGGUUCUGCUCAAAAAUGACUGAGUGCCCGGGCCAGUGGAGUAAUAACACUUGCCCUCCAUUUAUCACCAAGUUUUUUCCAAACACUGCACCACCUGAUGGUGAAACAGAGAUUACGUUGUGUGGCCGGGAUUUACAGUCUCCAAUGAAUCCUGUUAUCACGACAUCUACUCACCAAGUCAGUGUGGGACAAACCAGCUGCUCCAUAAUACCGAAAAAGAGUAACAGCACACAGCUGGUAUGCAGGAUCGUUCCUCAGUCCUCAGAUGUGACGCAAGAUGUGGAGAUUUACGUUAAUGUGAAUGAGGAGAGAAUGGAGCGUGGUUACUCCAUCUCUGGACAGGCACGUAGGCAAGGCUUCAGCUUUGUGACACCAGUUGUGACAGAUAUCAGUCCCACCUUUGGGCCCAAGAUUGGAGGCACCAGGAUUACACUGUCAGGGAAACACCUGGAUGCUGGACAAACAAGAACAGUCCGUAUGGGGAAAAAGAGCUGCCCUGUUGAAAGCAUGUUCAACAACGGGACCUGGUCCUCUGUAGUCUUCGUGUCUGAGGGAGUGGAGGAUUUGACAGAGGUGAACGUGACACUUCAAAUUGACGAAUCAGUUAUAUUUGCAACCAAACAAUUCAGCUACAAGGAGAAUCCUAAGGUGACAGAGCUGAAGCCUAACUGCAGUUUCAGCAGAGGUUCCAAAAUCAUCAUAGUGGGGGAAAAUCUGGACACUGUAUCCCAGACUACAAUUUAUUACAAACCCAAGAACUCAAAUCCUGUCCAAAGUGUGUGUGUGGGUCCUGUGAGCCCAACGCAGAUGGAGUGUGUGAGUCCAGCAUGUGAGGAUUCAGAUGGUGUCCUCUCAGUGGAUAUGGAUGGAGCUAAAAAUCUUAUUUCUGUGCCUUUUUUCUGCUACCCCAAUGGCAAGCCAAUCCCCUUUGAACAUGAUGACAACAUGCUUCUACUCGAACCUGGGAAUGACAGAGUCUCCGUGCAUCACGAGAGACUGAGCUUUGUGAGCCAUUGCAUGGACAUCAUCAUGACAAUAAAAGACGUGAACUGCAAUGCUCAUAUUCGGGAAAAUGAAAUCUUCUGCAGAAUCCCUAAAAAUAUUCUGAUCCCCAAAGAGGGGGUACCAGUCAGGGUGUCAGUGAAUGGGGAGAUAUAUGAUGUUGGCUGGGUGGCAUAUUCCAGAAGCAACCACCCUGUUGGCAUCGUGCUGGGUAUUCUUGCAGCACUGGCAGUAGGGGCUGCUUUAGCAUUUGCAGUAAUGACCCAUCUGCGCAAGAGGAAGAAAGCUGUGCAGGCAGAGCUUCGGUUAUCGAUGCUUUCCAACCGCAAUGGGGAAGUGUCACCUGUGGGAGACUACAGACGAGGUAUGUCCAUUGGUACCUCACAUGGAUCAUCCAUGGCAUUCUCUGGAUUGGUGUAUGCCAGUGGUGUAGACCCUUCUGCUCUUCCUCUGGUGUCACCUCAGACCAUCUCUCUGUCAGCCCUGCGGCCUGAGCUGCUGGAGGAGGUAAAGGAUGUGCUGAUCCCUCCUGAGCAGCUCAGUAUCCAGCAGGACGACAUCAUUGGCAAAGGUCACUUUGGAACAGUUUAUCAUGGCUACCUUAAAGACAGCAACAACCGUGAUAUUCAUUGUGCAGUGAAGUCAUUAAACAGGAUUACAGAUGUAGAGGAGGUGGAGCUCUUCCUGAAAGAGGGCAUCCUGAUGAAAGCCUUUCACCACCCUCAUGUGCUCUCACUGCUCGGAAUCCUGUUACCUGCUGAUGGCCUUCCACUUGUGGUCCUGCCAUACAUGAAACACGGAGACCUCCGGCACUUUAUCCGCUCUAAAGAAAGGAAUCCCACAGUGAAGGACCUGAUUGGCUUUGGGCUUCAGGUUGCUAAGGGAAUGGAAUAUUUAGCACAGAAGAAGUUUGUGCACAGAGACCUGGCAGCACGCAACUGCAUGUUGGAUGAGACCUUUACAGUCAAGGUGGCUGACUUUGGCAUGGCACGGGAUAUCUUCGAUAAAGAGUAUUACAGCAUCCAAGACCACAAAAGAGCCAAAUUACCUAUCAAAUGGAUGGCCAUUGAGAGUUUACAGACUCAAAAAUUUACCACCAAAUCUGAUGUAUGGUCAUUUGGUGUGUUAAUGUGGGAGAUGCUGACCAGAGGAGCAAGUCCAUAUCCCGAUGUCGACCCAUAUGAUAUGACACCAUAUCUAUUACAGGGACGGCGACUGCCACAGCCUCAGUACUGCCUCGACUCCCUGUGGUGUAUCCUGUUGCAGUGCUGGAACCCCGAGCCUGAUUUCAGGCCAGCCUUCUCCAUGCUGGUGAAGAAUUUGCAGGAGAUUCACUCUAUGCUGGAAGGAGAACACUAUGUUAACCUGCAGGUGACUUAUGUGAACCUGGAACAAGGACGUCCGUACCCCUCUAUUGCUUGGGCCUCUCCAUCACUACCUGAGAGCCACAGCACUGAAACACUGGAGCGGUUGGAGAACAGUGGAGAAACCUAACGUUCAGCCAACAUCACUGAGAGGUUAAUUUUAAGACACAUGGAAUGUAUGAAACAAAAUUUCGUUGGACAGAGUUUGGGGCACUAAAGCAUCCAGCAGUGUGACAGUUUACAGUAUGGAGUUAUUAUUGUGCCAAAAGUGUUAAAUAAUAUCCAGAUUAAUCCAUCAUGUUGGGUGAAAUGCCACGGUCCCUUGAGUGGGUAUGGCUAAGGUUCAGAGGACUUGUCACUCCAAAUUCUAACUGACCAUUAGACAUUUUUUGGUGCCUUGCUCAUAGACAAACACAGCUGUGCAAAAUAUGCCAAAGGUUAGAGGCAAAGGAUGAAUUUCAGAAGUAAAGGAAGGAUUCAGGAAAAAAAAAUACUGACCAAAAAAGAAAAUUAGAGAAACAAUAGUUAAGGGAGCUAACAAUUUUCUUUUUCUUUUGAAAGUUAGAAUUCUUAUUAGUUGAAUUUUCAAGAUUUGUAUGUUAAUGAUUUUGAUAAUAUUUAAUUUGUUCUUGUGUAAUUUUUGACUGCUACUUCCAAACAACUUACACUUUUGUAAGAAGAUUAACUCCACCUUACAGUUUACAGUAACAUCAGGUGUGCGAGCCGUCACACUGACUAUGAAACUGGAAUAUGGUACCACCUUUGUUCUCAGGUUUGCUCUAGUCAUUCUGGACUAGAUGUUUACUCUAUUCAGAAGACAUAUGUAAUCUUGUUUUGCACUGAACAGUAGUUAAUUUGUUUUAUAUUGUUACUUGUUUUCUGACUGAACAAAUGCCUUGCAUAUCUCUCUUCAUGCUUUUCUUUAUCACACAUGCAAAAAAACGUGUUAAACGAGAUUUCAUGUUUAUCGAAUGUAGAAGCAUAGAGCAAUUACAGCAUACUGAAAUAGGCAGUGAUUACAUAAUCCUGACGUUUACUCAUAAUAUGAUGAGACUACUAUUCUGUCCUAUUUAGACAAUGACACUAUCUGUGUGUCUUUUGCCUUCAAUUUUCACUUGGGCCAGUUCUCAUUAUCUGAUGUUGUGGGGGACAAAUCAAUUACAUGUGGUUCCACCAUAUGAAAACAUGAGCAAAUUCAAAUAAGCUUGGCAAAUUAUGUAUGGUUAUUUGAGGUUAUUCCUAACCUUGGAUUCCUUGAAAAAAGUACAGUUGAGGCCAAACAUUUACAUACACCUAAGCUAAAAAUUCACAACUCCACAUUUUUAGGAGUUAACUGGGUGAGCGUCUAUGGCUGAAAAGGGCCUACCUUUUCAGUGCAUUUUUGCCCUAGAUGACAUGGGAAAAUCCGAGCAAUUCAGCCAGAACCUCAGAAAAAAAUGUGGACUUUCACAAGUCUGUGUCCUCCUACAACUGAAGCAUGAGCAUCUGAACAAACGAUUAUAUGCAAAUAUAAAAAUCUUGGGACCACACACAGACACUGCAUCAUUCAGGAAGGAGGUACAAAGGAACUCCCAUGGACGAAUGAACUUCCGAAUGGUUCAACUAAACCCCAAGACAACAACAAAUGAACUGGUGAAGGAAUUGGAGGCACCAAGUACCAAAUAUGUACACCUGCCACCAAAAACUGGCAUGCAAGGAAGAAACCCCUACUCCAAGACAUUAAAAAGUCAGACUGAAGUUUGCAGGUGAUCACCAGGACAAAAAUUGAACUGUUUGGUCAUAGUGAUCAGCAGUAUGUAUGGAGGAAAAAGGCUGAGGCUUUUAAUCUGAAGAACACCAUCCCAGCUGUGAAGCGUGGUGUGGGGGUGUUUUGUUGGAAAAGGGCCUGGUGCACUUCAGAAAAUAGAUGGCAACACGAUGAAGGAGAAUUGUCUAGACAUCCUGAAGCAAAACCUCAAUAUCAGCCAGAAAGUUAAAACAACUGAGUCUUCCAGCAGGACAAUGGCUUAAAGACAACAAAGUAUUGGAGUGGCCAUCACAAAGCCCUGACCUGAAUCCCAUAGAAAAUUUGUGGACAGGCCCACAAACCUGACUGAGUUAUACCAGUUCUAUACUAAUCGACUUAGCACAGGAAAUGCAUAGUGAAGAAAAAAAAUAAAAUUUAGCCUAGGUGUAUGUAAACGUUUGGCUUCAGCUGUAGGUAUCUCAAAAACAAAAGCAAAUUUACACAGUCCCCUCUGAACAUACUGGAACAGCAAGGCCAAUUCUUUUGUUUUUGCUAUACACUAAAGACCUUUGGGUUUGAUAUCAAAAGAUGAUUGUGAGAUGAUAUAUCAGAAUUUCAGCUUUCAUUUCCUGAUAUUUACAUCUAGAUGUGUUAAACAACUUAGAAUAUGGCAGACCACCCAAUUUUUAGUUGAUCAAAAGUAUUGGAUCAGAUAGUCUUAAAGUAAAUAACUAUUAAUGUUUGGUUUUAUAUAUACAUAUCCCUUGCUUUCAAUAACUGCAUAAAGUCAGCAACCAAACUGUUGUGUUCUUCUUUUGUGAUGGUUUUCCAGGCUUGUACUGCAGCUUCUUUCAGUUGUUGUUUGUUUUGGGGAGUAUCUCCCUUCAGUCUCCUUUUAUAAACUUGUUCGCUCGUGUUCUUAUCUAGAUCGAAAAAAAAAAUCAGGUAAAAAAGAACAAAAAAGAAAACAUCAGGAAAUGAAAGCUGAAAUUCUGAUCUAUAAUUCUGUCUCAUAUUCAUCUUUUGAACUUAAACCCAAAUGUAGCAAAAACAACAGAAUUGCCCUUGCCGUUCCAAUACUUUCGAAGGAAACUGUAUAUGGUCAUGUCUGUUCAAUCAAAGGCAUAUAGUUUUGCCGGUCAAAGUAUAAUAUAAGCCUGUAUUGCUGCUAUGUGAUUGUUUUUUUAAAACCAGUUCUCGAUUUCCAUGCAUCACAAAUGUUUGUGCUUUCCUUACUGCAGUGCUCCUGACUCUUCGUUAUUAUCUGAUGGGUUUAGUGUGAUAUAGCAGAGAAAAUACAAAAAUGUGUCUUUUAUUGGACAGGUAGACGCAACAUGGUAGGAUACACUGGGCCUAAUUACUAUAAAAGCUAUAAAUGCUCAAAGAGUAUAACUGGAGACAUUUUACAAGUUCAAAAUGGUGUAAAUGGAAUGAGGAGUUAUUUUGCAUUAUCUGAUGUUCAUUUGUAUAAUAUCAGGAAUAAUAAUAAACAGAAAAUAUUACUUCUUU